AUGGCUUGUCAGUAUUUAUUUUCGGGCUCCCAAGAGAGUUAGCGUACCUUUGUAGAAGACCUAGAAUUUAUGAAGCUAGCCUACAAAAAAAAUUCAAUUGAUUAUGCUUUAGAAAAAAGAAGGCAAGAAGAUUUAUCAUCAAACAUUAUUAACCUUCCUCGCGGAGGUUUAAUAAUAAAAACAAAAAUAGGAAAUAUUUAAUUUGGGUUACCUCCAGAGACAGUAAAGGACUCAUUAAAAUUAGGAUUAACCGUCCCAACUUAUUUUAUCAUCCCUUCAAACAGGUUCGAUAGAAAAUCAGGCAUAAAUGUUGCAGAAUUUGAAUUUCCAGCUUAUUUUAAUUUUUUUUGCAACAAAAAACAAAUAUGUCUCAUAUGUACCAAAAGUGCAAAAAAAGAUAUAUAAAAUAUAUUCUAAGAGACGCUAAUAGGCCCUCUUUCUCACGAAAAUUUAAGUGAUGACUUUUACCAUAAAGUACCCUCAAGCUCUUACCCUGACUUUAUCAAUGAAAGAAAGAUAUUUUCAUCAAAUCCACUUAAUCCAUCUGAAGAUAUAAAAAUUGACACUCUUUUAAACUUUAAAGUAUUUGAUGACAUUACGAAAAGUGUAAUAAUUUAAGAAAAUGGCUUCACGAUAGAAAUCUCUCUAUAAAAUUAAGGAUUUAUUGAAAUUAAGCAGGAUAAUGAGAUAAUUGCUUAUUUCUAAGAUCAAGUAGAACUUACUGAUUCAAACAAAUCAAGUUCUUCAAAUUUAAAUUUAGAGAUGGGAAGGUUAUACAAAAAAAAUAGUAUGUGCUGUUCUCCAUGCUUUGAAACAGGAUUAAAAUUAGAUGAUUUUCAAGAAACUCCCUCACCUAUUCAAAAAUUUUAAAGAAGUAACACAAUAAAAAAGAACUCAAUGCUUUAAGUUGAGUUUGUACCGCCUGAUUUUGGUGUCACAAUAUUAGGGUCUUCUCAUGGAUUUGAUCCUAAUGGAAGUACAAGUGGAUUCAUUAUUUGGAUUUAUGGAAGAGGUAUUAUGGUUGAUCCUCCUCCUUUUUCUAAUGAUUAUCUAAAAAGUCUUGGAAUUAACUAUUAACUUAUAAACGGUAUUAUUAUUAGCCACUGUCAUGCAGAUCAUGAUGCAGGAGCAUUUCAUAAAAUAGUAGCAGAUUAAAAAAUAGAAGUUAUAACAACAAGAACAAUUAUGAAUAGCUUUUUAAGGAAAUAUUCAGCAGUCUCUUAAAUUGAUUAAGAAUAGCUAAAAAGACUAUUUGUAUUUAGACCAGUUAUAAUGGGAACAACAUUGAAAAUAUAUGGUGCAAAUUUUAAUUUUUUUUAUUCGUUCCAUACAAUCCCUUCACUUGGAUUUGAAGUUGAAGUCAAUAAUAAAAUAUUAUAUUUUUCUUCUGAUACCUAUUAUAAUCCUAAGCAAAUUAGAUAAUACUGCGCUGAUGGCAGAAUAUCUAAGGAUAGAUGCCAGUAAUUAGCAGAUAUAGAUUUCUCCAAGUACGAUUUAAUCUUGCAUGAAGCUGGUGUGCCUCCUAUUCACACUCCAUAAUCAAUCUUAGCUGAUUUACCUGAAAAAAUAAAAGAAAAGCUCUAUCUGAUCCAUAUAGCUCAUAAAGAUCUCCUUCCUAAUUCUGGUUUAAAAAUCCCUGGUGUUGGUAUUUAGAAUACAAUAACUAUUAUAGAUUAAGAUACUCAUUCCGAAAUUAGAGUUUUGAAAAGAUUAGACAUAUUAAGUAAAGUAGAUCUUUUUGAAGAUUUGUCUAUUAAGCACGCCAAGCAUUUAAUUGAUGCUGUCUAAGUAGAAGAAUAUGAAAAAGGUGAUAUUAUAUUUAAAGAAGGAGACAUUGGCCAUAAAUUUUUCAUCAUUCAGUCAGGAGCAGUGAGGAUAUAUACUGACAAUGAGAACAUAUAAAUUGACAAGGUGUUUAAAGUUGGUGAUUAUUUUGGAGAAGGUUCUCUUUUAGACUCAUCUAAUAAAAGAAUAGCACAGGCUGAAGCUAUUACUGACUGCUAGUUGCUAACUCUAGAAAGGCAUGACUUUCACUUUUUAUUCGGAGGUUCAUUGGGAGGAAAAGGAAUAGUAAUUUAAAAGCUCAAGUAACUGAACAAAGCUAGAAACUGUUAAGCUAGUGAUAUUGUGAAUAAGAACUCGAUAUUCAGCGAAUUGGAAUAAGGAUAAAAAACUUAGCUAGAGAUGAUCAUGAAAGAGGUUGUGUUUGAAUCAAAUUAAAUACUGUGGAGGUAAGGAGAGCAACCUUAAUAUGCUUUUAUUAUUAAGGAAGGUUUGAUUUUGUUUUUUAAAUAAAACGAUGAUGUCCUUAGACUUUCUGACGAAGAAAUAUAAGAAAUAAAUAGAACUGGAAGUUUUUCUUGCAUUUCUGAUAAUGUAGACACUAUCAUAGAAAGUGAAGAAAGUAUUCAUGGUCCUUUAAAAUUCAUAUUAUCAACAGGGGCUUUUAUAGGAGAUACAAAAGCCAUUCAUUCUCAAUCUUCUAUGAGAAGUUAUUGUGUGUGCAAAACUAGAGUUAAAGCAUUUUAAAUUUUAUGCAAUGAUUUCUAAAAUUUCUUAGCCCAUAAUCCUGGCUUAAAACUACUCUUUGAAGAAAAAGAAUUUUUUGAGUGA